UGGUAAGAUACUUAUAAAAUAGUUAUUUAAAAUAAAAUACUUUUCUUGACCGUCAUAAUUUGAUCUAGACUUCCUAAUGCGGAAGUGUAUCACAACUGAUCAGAAUAUUAACUUUUUCCUUUUUUUUAACCAGAUCAAUUAAUGAAAAAAAAAAAGAGAGAGAGAUAGAUUACGCGUCUAUUUUAGUUAGAUACCUGUAUCAACCCAUCUUUACAACCUUUAAUAUAUCGUGUAACAUAUACUAAGAUAGAGAUGACUCCAAGUGUGAUGGAAGUCAUCAAUAUAGAAGAAACUGAAUCGGAAAGUGAAAUCCAUUUAAAAGAAUUGAUUCAAGAACAAGAAACUAUCAAACACGUUAAACAUCAAAAUGGCAGCCAGAAUGAUGAUGAAGUAGAUGAGUUCAAUCAUUUAUCCAAAGAUCGUAAGUUAGAUCGUUUGAAUAACUUAAUUCUGAAGUCUCAAUUGUAUUCUCAAAUCAUUGCUGAUAAUAUCUUACAAAGUAGUUUAUUAAAGAGACAGCAGAAGGAACAAGAACAAGAACAAGAACAAGAACAGCCACAACAACAACCAACUCCCGAAGAAACACCCACUAAAAGAAGGAGAGGAAAUCCAAGACUGAAAAAACCAAAGGGUAAGGUUCAACAUGAUAUCACUUCAAUGUUAUCUACCAAAAUAUCUGAUUCUACCAAAUCGGCCAAACAAGCUAUUGAAGAAUCUCAAGAUAAUUCCACCACUUCAACUAUUCAACAACCAAAAUUAAUUUCAGGUGCAACUUUAAAGAAUUAUCAAUUAGAUGGAUUAGAAUGGUUGAUCACAUUAUAUGAAAAUGGGUUAAAUGGGAUUUUAGCUGAUGAAAUGGGUUUAGGUAAGACUUUACAAUGUAUCUCUUUCUUAUCAUUUUUAAUUGAAAAUGAUAUUAAAGGACCAUUUUUAAUUGUGGUACCAUUAUCAACAUUAACUAAUUGGGAAAAUGAAUUUAAAAAAUUUGCUCCCAAAUUAAAAAUUUUUAAAUAUAGUGGUUCAAAACAAGUUAGAAAUAAGAUUAAUUUAAAUUAUGAGAUUAAUCAAAAACAUUUAAAUAUAAUUUUAACAUCUUAUGAGAUUUCAAUUAAAGAUUUUAAUAAAUUAAAUUAUAUAAAUUGGAAUUAUUUAAUUGUCGAUGAAGGUCAUAGAUUAAAGAAUAAUAAUUGUGUUUUAAUUAAAUUUUUAAAGAAAUUAAAUACUUCAAAUCGGUUAUUAUUAACCGGUACUCCAUUACAAAAUAAUUUAAAUGAAUUAUGGUCUUUAUUGAAUUUUAUUUUACCUGAUAUUUUUCAUGAUUUAGAAUUAUUCCAACAAUGGUUUAAUUUUGAUGAAUUAACUAAUUUAGCUAAUGAUAUUGGUGAUGAUGAUGAUAAUGAAAAUGAUGAUGAAACUAAACGUUUAAUUAAAUUAAAUAUUCAACAAAGUUUAAUUAAGAAUUUACAUACCAUUUUAAAACCAUUUUUAUUAAGAAGAUUAAAAAGAGAUGUUAUAAAAGAUUUACCUCCUAAAAAAGAAUAUAUUAUUCAUAUUCCAUUAAGUAAAUUACAAACUAAAUUAUAUUAUGAUUGUAUUAAUAAUCGAUUAUAUUAUAGUUUGGUGGAAAUUUAUUUAAAAGAUUUCAUUCAUUAUAAUCAUUAUGAAUUAUUUAAACAGGAUUUUGAUAUAAUUGAUCAAUUUCUUAAUGAUAAAUUUGGGGAAAGUACUAAAAUUGAUAAAAGUAAAAAAUUAAUUCGUAAUUAUCAAGAAUUUGAAUCUGAUGAUGAAUUUGAAGAUUUCUCAAAUGAUCCUACCGAUGAUGAAAAAGAAAAUGAAACUUAUGAAACGAUCGUAUCUUCUAGAAAGAGAAUAUCAAAGAAUCAAAAACAACAAUUGCUUUUAAAUACUUUAUUCCAAAAGAUUACUAAAGAAGUGAGAAAUUUAUCGUUACAAAAUUUAACUAUGCAAUUAAGAAAUAUUUGUAAUUCUCCAUAUAUUUAUUAUGAACCAUUUUUAAUUAACAAUGAAUCAGUUCAUGAAUCAAAAUUCAUCGAAAUCUUAUUAAAAAAUUCAAGUAAAUUUCAAGUGUUAGAUCAAUUAAUUGAAUCACUUUUAAAAAAGAAUCAUAAAGUGUUAAUAUUCAGUCAAUUUACAAAAGCAUUAGAUUUAAUUCAAGAUUGGUUGAAUUUAAAACACAUUGAAAUCUGUCGAUUAGAUGGAUCAACAUCUCAAGAUAAUCGAGAUGAAGAAAUUAAAAAAUUCAAUAAUUCGAAAUUAAAUCAUAAAGUAUUUUUAUUAAGUACAAGAGCAGGUGGAUUAGGAAUUAAUUUAGUGGCGGCUGAUUCGGUGAUUUUAUUUGAUAAUGAUUGGAAUCCUCAAAUGGAUUUACAAGCCAUUGAUAGAGUUCAUAGAAUUGGACAAACUAAACCGGUUAAAAUAUUCCGAUUCUUAGUACAAAAUUCAAUUGAAGAAAUUUUAAUUACCAAGAGUUCUUCAAAGAGAUUCUUAGAAAAAUUAGUUAUAAAUCUAGGUCAAUUUAAAUUCAAUAAGUUAAAAUCUUUAAUUGAUACUGGUGCUGGUAACAAUGAGAAUAUAAGUGUUAAAGAUUUAUUAGAAUUUUCCAAAAUGAAUUUUAAAUCUGAUGAAACUAUUGAUGAAGAUGAAGAUCAUCAAUUUCAAUAUGAUUUCAGUUCAACCAUUGAAAACAAUAAGUUAUUAAAUCAAGAUGAAAUGAAUGAAUUAUUAGAUAGAUCCAUCAAUUGUUAUAGAUCCAUUGAUGAUUCUAAUUUCAAACAUAUAUCAAUCUUUGAAACCGUUAAUAAUAUGGAUAAAGAAGAUUAGAUCUUUGUGUAAAGAGGGGGAGGGGUUUUGAUUUUCCUAAUUAGGAAUGUGAGAUGGUUGCAGAUUGCAAACAAAAAAAUAGAUUUACAGGUUUA